GUCGCACCUGCGCGAGUUGAAGGAAGGAGGAGGGGCGAGGUGACGCAGGCGUAAUAAUAGAGAAGGUGCCAGAAAGAUCCAAAACAAGUGGCUACCGCCGUCGCCCAGGAGUCAGCAGACGCCAGAUUCCGGCCCUGGUUCGAGCUGGUUCCGACCCCCUCCCCCGGGUAUGGCGCUGUCUGGGUCGACCCCUGCCCCGAGCUGGGAGGAGGACGAGUGCCUGGACUACUACGGGAUGCUGUCGCUUCAUCGUAUGUUCGAGGUGGUGGGCGGGCAGCUGACCGAGUGCGAACUGGACCUGCUGGCUUUCCUGCUGGACGAGGCCCCCGGGGCGGCCGGCGGCCUGUCCCACACCCGCAGCGGCCUGGAGCUGCUGCUGGAGCUGGAGCGCCGCGGGCAGUGCGACGAGAGCGACCUGCGGCUCCUGGGGCAACUCCUCCGAGUGCUGGCCCGGCAGGACUUGCUGCCGCACCUGGCGCGCAGGCGGCGCCGGCCAGUGUCUCCAGAACGCUACAGCUAUGGCACCUCCAGCUCUUCUACAAAGAGGACAGAGGGCAGCUGCCGUCGCCGUCGGCAGUCAAGCAGUUCUUCAGAUGCUCAGCAGGGCCAGUGGGAGACAGGCUCCCCCCCGACCAAGCGGCAGCGACGGAGUCGGGGCCGGCCCAGUAGUGGUGCCAGACGGCGGCGGAGAGGGGGCCCAGCCGCCCCCCAGCAGCAGCAGGAGCAGGCCAAACCCACCUCAGAAGGCAAAGUGACCUGUGACAUCCGGCUCAGGGUGCGAGCAGAGUACUGCGAACAUGGGCCAGCCUUGGAGCAAGGUGUGGCAUCUCGGCGGCCCCAGGCGCUGGCGCGGCAGCUAGAUGUGUUCGGGCAGGCCACUGCAGUGCUGCGCUCCCGAGACCUGGGCUCCGUGGUGUGUGACAUCAAGUUCUCAGAGCUCUCCUAUCUGGACGCCUUCUGGGGGGACUACCUGAGUGGUGCCCUGCUGCAGGCCCUGCGGGGUGUGUUCCUAACUGAGGCCCUGCGUGAGGCUGUGGGCCGGGAGGCUGUCCGCCUGCUGGUCAGUGUGGACGAGGCUGACUAUGAGGCUGGCCGGCGCCGCCUGCUGCUGAUGGAGGACGAUGGGGGACGGCGCCCAACCGAGGCCUCCUGAUCCUGGAUCUGGCAGGACUGACCCCACUUCCUAGCCUCUGGGCCACCUUCACCUCGGGAGGAUGAAGACUAUCUUUGCCCCUAGGGGACUGUCACUCCAGCAGCUCUGACUGAGACAGACAGACAGAUGGCCAGGCCCCCCUGACAGCCUGGCGCCUUGACAGCUCCUCUGACAGGAUGUGGGCUCUGAGGCCUAAACCACUUCCAGCUGAGUUUCCUUCCCAAACCCCCUCCCCCUAACCCGACCCUCAAGUGUGUUCCUUCAGCUCCAGCAGGCCAGGGCCUCAGGCAUGCAGGUCCCAAGGGAAGGAGUCAGCCACACAGUCACCAAAGGCCCCUGCACAUUAUGUUCCCUACCCUGGGUUGUGUGCACACACUGCCCCAUGGAAGUCUCCCCUGGGCUCCUGUCCUGGCCUGCUCCACACAGUUCUUUGGCCUAAGGGCUUUUCUCUCAGGAUCUCUGAUUUUAUCACCCCCAACCCUGGGCUUCAGCCACACCAGGCACCAGAGCUGGGGCACACAUGGGGCCUGCUCACUUUGCCCACACAUCUCUACAGCCGCCAGGGCUCUGCCCACCUUCCACACACAGACCUGGCCCUUCACCUUAUCCUGCUCCCCAGAGUUGGACACGGACUUGCACAAGGACUACCCCCAGAGUGUCACGUGUGUGCCAGCAGGAUCAGACCAAGUGUGCUGCUGUUGGCCAUGGGGCCAGGACCAGUCAGCUGCCUUCUCAGAAAGGGAAAGGCAAAGGCUUGGGGGCUUAUGGGAAAGGUAUUUUAUAAAUGGCACCAAUAAAACUGCCCUGGAAGGGGCAUAGGUGGGCA